GCCGCCACGGGCAUGCGCUGGCACUCCAACAAGCCUGUGGACACAGUGUACAGCGGGCCAUCGGCGCCGUCGCCGAAGCGCGUUACGCUGCGCACGCUGCGUGACAAGUAUCGGCGGGGCGAGCCCAUCUCGAUGGUCACAGCCUACGACUAUCCCUCGGCGGUGCAUGUCGACGAGGCUGGCAUCGACAUGCUGCUGGUGGGCGACUCUGUUGCCAUGGUGGUGCACGGCCACGACACCACCCUGCCCGUCACGCUGGAUGAGAUGCUGUCGCACUGCAAGGCGGUGGCGCGGGGGGCGCGCCGCACCUUCCUGGUCGGCGACAUGCCCUUUGGCUCGGUGGAGGUGAGCCCGGAGCAUGCGGUGCGGUCGGCCAUCCGGAUGAUGAAGGAAGGGGGCAUGGACUCUGUCAAGAUUGAGGGCGGGUUCAGCAACCGCGUGAAGGCGGUGCGGGCGGUGGUGGAGGCGGGGGUGGCGGUGGUGGGUCACGUCGGCCUCACCCCGCAGUCCAUCAGCGUGCUGGGCGGCUUCCGCCCCGCCGCACAGUCGGCCAGCGAGGCGCUGCGGGUGAUCAAGGAGGCCAAGGCGCUGGAGGCGGCGGGCUGCUUCUCUGUGGUGCUGGAGUGCGUGCCGGGGCUGGUGGCGGCGGCGGUGACGCGCGAGCUGGGCAUACCCACCAUCGGCAUCGGCGCGGGGCCAGGCACCAGCGGGCAGGUGCUGGUGUACCACGACCUGCUGGGCAUGAUGCAGCACCCGCACCACGCCAAGGUCACCCCCAAGUUCUGCAAGCAGUACUCGGCAGUGGGGGCAGUCAUACAGCAGGCGCUGACCGCCUACCAUGCCGAUGUGGUGACCGGCCAGUUCCCCUCGGAGGCCUUCUCCCCCUACAAGAUUGCGGCUGACGAGUCGGCGCAGCUGCUGCGGGACCUGGAGCGGGAGGGGCUGCACAGCGCAGCAGAGGUGGUGGCAGACAUGACGACAGAGGCGGCGUAGCGACCAGGUCGCAGCCUGCCAGUCGCGCUGCGCUGAUGCUGCUUGCGGCGGCAGCAGUCCGUCCCUUGCCGCCGAGCAGCACGCCAGCGACGUUGCCUUCCUGUGCUGGCAGCCCCUCCCUGGCCAGCCCAUCCCCAAGCCAGGCCAGUUGCCAAGCGCAUUGCUGGCGCUCUUGGCCCUGACCACCUUUUGAGAGGUUUUCCUGUUGCUUCCUCUACUGUUUGUACUGUCAAAAUUUUGCUCCAGCUUGCUGUCUCCUGCCACUUUUCGGUUCUGUUGGUGUGAGCGGACACACCAGGUUUUCCUAGCAAUCAUUGAACAGCACACUGCAGUUGCAGCAACAGCCAUUGGCUAGAUCAGAUGCUGUGCAUCGAGGCCCAACAUUCCUUGUAAAUGAACGGAUGGGAUGC